CCCCCCCCCCUCUUUUCUCAGCGUCUUCUCCUGUGAAUAUUGGCCGCAUCUUCCUCCAUCCUCUGCUCUGCUCCCGGUGCCUCCCUCCCGCCCCGCUUCUCCCGGCUGCUCCUGCCUUUUCCUCUCCGCUUCCCGCUCUGCCUCUGCUUCCCGUUCCCCGCCCGCACUCCCCUUCUCCCCCUUCUCCCCUUCCCCCCGUGCCUCUUUCUCCAGCCCCCUCUUCCUCUCGCAUCCCCUUUCCUCUCUGCCUCUCCCUCCUCCCCUUUCCAGCCCCCUCUCCCUCGAGGCUUCCCCCCUCUGCCCUCCAGCCCUCUUCCCUUCCUCCAGUGCCCCUUCUCCCAGCUGCAGUGCCCCGCUCCCUCCCCUUCCCAGCCCGGGUCCGGCUCCCGAAGGCCCGGGGCAGCCCCGCUCCCCGGCGGGGGGCUGGGGUGGGGGGGGCUGCCCCCCCGGGGAGGGGGUCGGGAAGCGCCGCUGCAGCCCCCCUCCCGCGCCCACCGCCGCCGUGGUGCCGCCGAGCUGCCGUCUCACCAGUCAGCCUGCCUCCUCUCCCUCCCUCCCUCCUCUCCCUCCCUCCUCGCCUCCUCCCUCCCUCGCUCCGCCUGGGAAAGUGGGUUAGGAAGGGAGCUCGGGGCUGGGAAGCUGCACAGCCGCGCACUGGAGCAGGACCAUCCACUCGCGCAUCCCGGCGGCACAGCGCUCGUCUUGUUCCUUUGCCUUUUUUUCCACCUCUCUCCAUCACUCCAAACGGGUCGAUUUAAUUUUUAUUGGUUUUGGUUUUUUUUUUAAAUUAUUUUGUUACCUGACUUUUUCCUCUUGUCUUUUUCUUUUUUCCCUUUUUGUUUUUAACCGAAGGUUGUGCUAAGAGUUUUUUUGGAAAGCCUUAAAAAAAAAAAAAAAAAAAGGUGGGGGGGAAGAAGCCAGCAAGAGACUGAAAAAAAAAGAGCAAGAGAAAGUGGCAGCUAAGGAGGACUGUGAAAUCACCUCCCCUUUCCGGGGCUGUCGAUCAGAGCGAGAGUUGUACAUUAUUAUUAUUGUUUUUCUUUCUACAUCUGUCUAUCCACAUACACCCGCAGAGAGAGUGACAAGUACAGACAGUGAAACUCGACGAGACCAGCCAUGGUAGCAAGGGCUCAGCCUGAUCGGAAACAAUUACCGCUGGUCCUACUGAGAUUGCUUUGCCUUCUCCCUACAGGGCUGCCAGUCCGCAGCGUGGAUUUUACCCGAGGUACCGACAACAUCACCGUGAGGCAGGGGGACACAGCCAUCCUCAGGUGUUAUGUAGAAGACAGAAGCUCCAAGGUGGCCUGGUUAAACCGUUCUGGCAUCAUUUUUGCUGGAGAGGACAAGUGGUCCCUGGAUCCUCGAGUAGAGCUGGAGAAGAGAAACCCUUUGGAAUACAGCCUGCGGAUCCAGAAAGUGGAUGUCUACGAUGAGGGGUCCUAUACAUGUUCAGUGCAGACACAGCAUCACCCCAAGACUUCCCAGGUUUACUUGAUCGUGCAAGUUCCACCAAAGAUCUCCAAUAUCUCCUCGGACAUCACCGUGAAUGAGGGCAGCAAUGUGACCCUGGUUUGCAUGGCAAAUGGGCGUCCUGAGCCUGUCAUCACCUGGAGGCACCUCACCCCAACAGGCAGAGAGUUUGAAGGCGAGGAAGAGUAUCUGGAGAUCCUAGGGAUCACGCGAGAACAAUCGGGCAAGUACGAAUGCAAAGCUGCCAACGAGGUUGCUUCAGCAGACGUCAAGCAAGUCCGGGUCACUGUGAACUACCCUCCCACCAUCACAGAGUCAAAAAGCAAUGAAGCGGCCACGGGACGACAAGCCUUACUCCGGUGCGAGGCAUCAGCAGUGCCCACACCUGAUUUCGAGUGGUACAGAGAUGAUACCAGGAUAAACAGCGCCAACGGUUUGGAGAUAAAGAGCACAGGGAGCCAGUCUCUGCUGAUGGUGGCAAACGUCACUGAGGAACACUACGGGAACUACACCUGCGUGGCUGCCAACAAGCUGGGAGUCACAAAUGCCAGCCUAUACCUUUACAAACGAGUUUUACCCACACUCCCCAAUCCUUUUCCAGGACCCGGCACAGGGAGAGUAGACAACGGCUCCAUGAGUUUGGCCGUCCCACUGUGGCUGCUGGCAGCGUCCCUGCUCUGCCUACUCAGCAAAUGUUAAUACAAAUCAGAAUUAAAAAUAAUAAUAAUAAUAAUUAAAAAAACCCAACACGCCAACAACAACAACACACAGAAACAAAACGCGUUAUACAGGAGACAGAGCGAAGAGAGGGGAGAGAGAAAAAAGGGGGGGGGCGAGAGAGAGGACUGUUUCUUUCACAACUUUUGUGUGUUCAGGAGCGAAGAGGGGGGAGAGGAAAAAUUACAGCAAAGACGACUCAGCAACAUUUAAUCCGAAACCUGACAAACCGGCUGUCAAUUCACCGACCAUCUAGGAGGCAACACGAAGCGAGGGAGACAGUGGGGCACCAGCAAGGAUCGUGUCGCCGGAGGAUGCUGCAAUGUAAACAAUCCAACAAAACCCACACAGCCAAUCGAACAGAAGAUCCCUUUUCUUUUCUCUCCUCCUUCCUCUUUUCCAUACUCCCUCACCUUCCUUCCUUCCUUCCUCCUCUUUCUUUCUUUUGCGGAAAGAGGUCUUUGCUUCGGUGUCUAUAGCCACUUAACUGUUUGGAUGCCCUGGGUCAUUUUUGUGAGCCAAUGCUCAGCCAGUUCAUACUUUUGAAAACAAAAAAAAAAAAAAAAAAAAGGGCAAAAAAAAAAGCGCCGCAAACCAGAGCAAGUCACCUGAAGCUCUCUGCACACUGGUGUCCUGUGAAGAACCCCUUCCUCUCUUCACGUCAGCCUGCGCUCCUGUGCACCCAGCCCUUGCUAAACACUUUCUUUCCUGUCCCCUCCUUCAUGCAACAUCGCGCUCGCUGGCCUGAACUAAAGCUGUGUCAACUCUACUGAAAACAUACUUUUCUUUUUUUUAAUCCUCUUCCUCUCCCCCCUCAAUUUGACCAGGUGUCUUUCUCUUUCUCCCGUGUAUGCCUGUGUGCGUGCGUGCAUGUGUGUAUGUGUGGCGCUCGCUCCGUCUUCUCUCUCCUCUCUUUCUCUUGCUCUCUCUAAGCAUGCAAAAGAACAGUCCAUGUGUACAUAUGCUCAUCCUGCUGUAGAUAAUGUCCUGCCUUGUAAGUGUGAGACAAGAUGCUGAGAGAUCGCUCAGGCAGACAAGAGGGGUGAGGAGAGAGGGGCAGCUGGCAACACAGGUUCCCAUGGUGUCCCCUCUCCAGUGUCCUCACCUCACUGGCUUUUUGACUCCUGGCCACCUUGCUUGCAAGCGUCAGUCUGCACCCUCGUUUAGCCUUUUUUUCUCUCCCACCUGCAACCUGUCUGGCUCUCAGCCUUCAAGUACCAGCAUAGCAGCCCCUGCUACGCAUGAGUGCUUGCACACGCGCAUGGGGGUGUGCAUUUGUCCAAAUAAGCAGAAGAAACCAGGACUGGCCUGCAGCACUACGGAGUGCAGACUGCAGCCGCCCGCUCCUCCUGGGGAGGCCGGGCCGGUGGGAUGUGAAUGAUGAGACCUUGGACAUCACCGAGCAGCCAUUCCUGUAGGUAUAGCGUGCGCGGAGGACCGAUGCCUCAACAUGAAAAACCACAAUCUGGUCAUUCCUAACCAUUUUUGGUAGUCAUGCAAAAAUAGAGCCAAGACCCUUUUUUGUUGUUGUUCUUACUGUCCUCCCUGUUAUAAAAGGAAAUGUGUAUGUAAGGGUGAGUGUGUGCGUGUGUGUGAGUGUGCGCGUGUAUUGUACACGACUGCUACUAGAAAGCUCACUCUGCAAAUUCCAUAUUUGAAACAAAUUGGGUCAGACAAUAUCCAGGACCUGUGAAUGUAAGAGGAAAAACAAAUGUCAGGUCCAAAAUCCUGGGCUUAUAAGGAAGGAGCUUAAAGUGGUGCAGCAAAGAAGUAGGGAGCACAAUUCCCCUUGCUUUUCUCUUUUCUCAUCUGAAGGGUGCUGGUCUUGCUGGAGAAGGCUGUCGCUUGCCACCACUCUUCCCAUGGCAGAAUCACAUGCAGAGGUGCCAACAGGAGAUGCUCCAGUGCCUCCUGAGUGAGGAUAAGGAGAGGGAGAGAGCGGGCUGUGAGAAUCAAGGUUAAGAGGAUGCUGGGUGGUGGCUGGAAAUUGCCAUGUCAGCAACAGGUCUGCUGGAAGAGCCAGAGCGAGCACUGGGAGAGGGGAAGCUGACUGUAGUACGCUCCAGUGGCAGCAGUGCAUGUGUGCAGGCAGGGCCAGUGGGGAGAAAUGCCUGUGUUUCCUGGCCAGUCACAAGCCCGAGCAGCCACAGCAGCAAAGAUGAUGAAACACAGGGUUUGUCAGUUAGCCACUUGUUUUUUUUUGGGUGAGGGAUGUGCAGGGAGGAAUUUGAGUUAUCCCACAGAAGUCAAGUGACCAUCCCACGACAGUACAGUGUUUUACAGGUGCUCGGCACCACUGAGCUUUCAAGCACCAGCAAGCUUGCUUUUCUGUCUUUGCCCUGUGAAUUGGCGCAGUAGCAGCACUCUUGGCAGCCAUGCUUGCACACUCUUGAAGGCAAGGGGGAAGCAGCUUGGGCCUGCAGCCCUGUGGUGUGCGUGAGGGGAUACCCACCGGGUGGUCCCCUGCCAGGGAGGGAAGUGGGGAUUGCUGCAUCUUUGCAUGCCUGGGGCUCGCUCCGCCAAGGCCUCUCCCUGCCGCUCAGCACGGUGCUUUCACCUUGCACUGCGGCACUCCUGGUGCCCGCCUCCUCUCUGCUGAGCUCAGCUGUUUCGGGCAGCAGCAGGCAGGCAAUUAAGCAGGCAGUCAAGGGCUCCUCACAGGCAACCAGAAUGAGCAAGGGAGUAUUAAGAGAUGAGAGGCUGAAGUUUGGGUGAUGGCAGACUUGCUAUAGAUCUGCUGUGGGUUUAGAUGGUGGUAAAUUACGCUCCCUCUGCUCCUCCAGGCCCCAAAGCCAUGCCUAGGGGUGUUUGUGCCUUGGUGCAAGAGGAGAGAGUUGAGCAACUGGUGCCUGAAAUCUGCCCGAGGCCUCCAGGGCCAGCUCCCCACUUCCGAGACAGGGCGGUCGUUGAUGGCGCUUGUGCAUCUCCUUUGGAGACUGGCAUGCUGCAGCCCAGGAAAAAAUGCCCUGUAUCCUUCAGAGCAUUCAGCCACCCCAGUCCUCACGCCUACCUCUCGGGAGGGUCGUGUCAUUUGGUGUCUUAGUAACAACUCCGGAUUUCCUGCUGCAACAAGGCUCCUCAUCCCCCUGGUACACCCACGAGCUGAUGCUGGUCCCAGAAGCUGGGGCUGGGAGCUGCACCCUCUCCAGCACACUGGCACGAGGGAAAACACCGCAUUGCUGGCAUUUCUCAUUCUCGGGGCUGUGCCUACGCCUGGAUUUGUUGUCGCAGGCUUGUUGCAAGAAGGCAGGCAGUCUGCAGUGACUUGCUGUCACAGGCUGUUCCUAAGGGCUGGGUCAAGCCUACUGGGUUUUUUUUUUUAGGUUGAGGCUUCUCUUUGAUGUCAACCUGGUUGCUAUUGUAAGGUCUGUUCCAUGUGUGUUGUCUUCUGCAUGUGUUUUUGUCGCUGUGGGGUCACUCCUAGGCACUGGGUUCACACAUCAGAGCCCUAUGGUGUGGUGGUGGUCACAAGUCACCUCAUUGUCUCACAUCUUUUUUUGAUUUGAAGGAGUUUUGAAGGGAUAUUUUUUUAGAUGUCAAGGCACGGAGGCUUAUGGUUAAAGGGGAAUAUAUUACUAAAACCAGGACACCCAAUUUCUGAAGCCAUCUGCCUCUUAACCCCCCUUGCUGGGAUCCAGUCUUGCUUACAGAAUCUGGGCAGAUCUGUGCCUCUGUCACAUGGCUGUGAAACAGGGUUAAAGCCAGUUAUUUGCAGACCUGUCCAAGAAAAGCCACAAAUACCAAGUAUGCCUGUUAUCUGCAGCAGUGCUGGGAGCCCCACUCCUGGCAAUGUCUGUUCCUUAGCGGGGCUGGGGAAGUUGUGGGUAGGCUGGAGCUUGAUUUACUCCAAGAAGCUAAUCCUGCAAGCUGCUGCGUGUGUACCGGGAUGCUGUGACCAUCCCCCUGUUUCUCCUGAACUCAAGCAGGGAUCACUCAAAACAUCUGUUGAGAGGAGAGCUCAGAUGAACGUAGGAAACACAGGCAAGGUCAAACGAUUUUCCCGAUUCUCUUUCUCCCCUCCACCCUUUGUCAGAGAUGUUGCAAAAGGAUUUCUCAUGUCUCAGGCCCUUUUCUCUGAAACUGUUUCUCCUCCUCGCCUCUAUUCCAUGUUCAUGUUGCUAUCUUCCCUAUCCCCUCCCAAAAAGCCGUGCUCUUGCUUCCUGCUGCCUCUCAGCUGGUUGGGGACAGGGGGAGACAGGAGUUUGGAAUGGGACACCAGUUCCUUGAGCUUGUCAUUCUAAGUGUGUUUAAUUGAUGGAGAUUUAACAUUUAGUGUUAUAAAAAGAAAAGAACAAAAUGGAGAAAAAAAAAAAGGAAAAAAUUGUAUUUCUUCUACUGGUUUGUAAAUAUUACAGCAGUUACAUGAGAUGUCUGGUAAUGUCCAAGCAGAGGAACAAAGACUUGGACUUAAUAUAUGGCCCCAUACUUGCUAGCAGAUUUCUAACCCUUUUCAGAUGACCGAGAGGAGGGAUGAAGGCAAGUCUUUCUGAAAGGAACUGGACAGGGGAAAUACAGCCACCCCGAGCCACAUGAACUCCAUGCAUGACGGCAGCAUGUUGCUUGGAGCGUGUGUCUGGUCAGAUGGAAAACGAAGCAGACGCCUGUCUCUGAACGGCUGGGAAGGGCAACACGGGACGCUCCAGCCGACACCUGUAUCUUGGCAGUUGUGUUCAUUUUUGUUUGUUUGCAGCCCCGCAGCUUGCGGGUACGUUGCUCAGUGAUGCACUCCCCUCCUCCCCGCUUCCUGCUUUCUUCACCCGUGAAGUUGUGUCACCCCAUGCUAGCACCAAGUGCAUGUUAACGUGCCAUUCAUGAAGAUUUCAUUGGUGACAUGCAUUGUGUCGAGAGUUAGUCUUUGUCUGCGCACCUUUCUCACGCCACUGACUGUUCACCGCUUGGGCAGAUCUCUUGUGUACUGCUGCUUGCCCCACUUUUGGUCAAAGUAUAUCCAAGCCCCACCAGCUCUUCGUAGCUCCAGGUGCAUCCAGACCAUGCCCCCAAGCCACAUUUUGAAAGUCCAAGUUCACAGCAUGGACAAAGUCAUUGUCAAUAGCCACCUGAUCUCCAGGCUGACACAUGAAAGCUGCACAUCUGGAAGGAAUUUGGGGGAGCAACAGCAAGUCCUGAUGAUUCAAGAGCAACUGGGGAAGAGGACCUGGGAAGUCGGAGGAGCCACUUGAGAGUCUUUCACAGCCCCGCUACCAGCUCAGUCUUUGUGCAGUGCUUUACCACUUCACGCCUCCCUGAUGAGGGGAUCUAUGGGCACAGGGAAACAGCUCUUCUCCUCCCAACCCCUCUCACACCUCUGCUUCCUCUCCUCCAAGCACACUGACCUGCAGCCCAAAUCAUCAUGGUGCUUGAUGUGACGUAGCAACUGACACCGAGGAUGGCUAACCAAGACAUUCCUACAGAGGAGAUGCUAGGGGGUGAGCAGUUCUCUCUCUCUCUCUCCUGAUGCUACACAGCCUACUGCUUCUCUGACUCGAAUAGACAAAGCUUCUUGAGUUAGGGAUGCCAGGAGCACACUGUCCCAUGGAAAGCAGAACCUCAGGCAGGAAGUGAUGGAGAAACUGGAUGUGACGCCAGUGGAAAAGUGUAGGGAUGAGUCCAUCGUCCAUGCGCAGAACUCCCAGGUUCACAAAGGAGGAGACCAUGGCCUCUCAACGCUAAUCUUAGAGCGGCUUCAUUUCCAGUGGGAUGCCCAGAAGACCUUUUUUUUUUUUUUUAACUGCAUGACUCCUGCUGACUAAGAGCUGUGUCACACCAUUAAAACCUCUUUCUCUUUUCCUUCUUGUAACUUGCUAGAACAAUGUCAGGCAGCUCCUGCAGCCCCCACAAAUUUUGCUUGAUGGUUGGCUCCCAUUAGGGCAAUAUGUGGUGUUGGCUUUUUGAUUCACUCACCAUAACGGGAAAGCAGAAGUCAGCUUGGCAAGGCUAUGUUGGUAUGGUCCUCUGUGCCUCUGUGGCUUGGGGCAAUGUGCGUGAGGCAAGGAGACCAGCCAAGGCAGGGCUUAGGAAAGAGGAACAGCUCUCCUAAUUAGCCCAGACAGGUGACAAGCAAAGGAUCCUUCACUUGUUGCAGGCUCAGGUGUCACAGUAAGUCAGCCUGCCCUGCAAACCUCGUAGAAGUGCCUGGGCAGCCAAGGAGGAAGGGGCAGUGCAAGUCAGGAGGACAUGACUGCAGCACGGGUGGAAGGGCUGUGUGCACAGCAGGGCCCCUUGGGCAGCAUGGCCGGGAAAGGGGCAGAGUCACAUCCAGGAGGGUCUGUUUCCAGGUAGGGCAGGAUCUUCCUUCCCUGUGUGUGCUCCCGCUGCAUCAGGCGCUCGCCUCCUGGCCUCCCGGGCCAUGCAAACCAGGCUGCAAAGGGCCGCAGUGCGCGAUGCAGUGUGAGGCCAAGGUAGCUUCGGCUGCGCUCUGGGAACAGGCGUGUGGAUGUUUCUGACAUGACAUACGGGCCACGGAUGGAGACAAGGAGCAAGACCACUUAGGAGCCAGCCAGUGGGGACAGCACUUCCCAAGUGUGGUUUUGUCCUCCGAAAUUAUGACGUUUGCUCCCCAUUUCGGCCAUGCACAGGCACACACGCACACCCCUGUGACCUCUACCACACACGCGCUACAGUAGUCCUCAUGGCUACCAUAGAGGCACUCGCCUUUCCCACGCCCUCCAUCACACACGCAGCCAGACACACGCUCCUCCACUUGCUCCCGGCGAUGGCUCUGUCUGCCCACACGGCUACGUGGUGACCUCCGGAGGAAACCAGGAGAAAGCGCGCCUGUGCCUGUGCCUGUGCAUGCGGGAGCACACCUCUGUGCCAGGAAAGGGAGGAGGGGACAAAGAGCAGCAACCUGCCUCCGCGGUGCCACUGUCACCUCCCAAAAUCUUUCAACUUUCCCAGCUGGAGCCAAGUUUCAUCCUCUAGACCUUGAGAAUGAAGGCCAGUCCCUUCUUCUUGCUACACAGUGGGGUGGUUAGAACUCUCCUCAUUAACAGUGUUAUAUACAUAUAAAUAUAUAUAUAUAUCUAUAUCUUUAUAUAUAUUUUUCCCCAGCACUGUAGACAUGAGCUGAACUUCUCUUUAAUGAAACGAGAAAACGGCCAUUUUAAUUUUUGCCAUUGGUUUGUUUUUGGAAAUAGCUCUGUGAAAUAAAAUUUUAAAAGCGCAAGUGUGUGUGUAAAAGAACCGAUCAAAAGAACAAAACAACCCAACAAAUGAAUGAACAAAACCCAGUGAUGGAAAAAAAAAGAAGCUUUUUAUUUUUUCUUUUCUCAAUGUAUUUAACUUCUGUUAUCUCGUUUCUGUUUCUUUACAUGUAUGAAUGCUCUGCUCUUCUGUGAUCUUAAAAAAAGUACAAAAAAAAUACAAAAAUUAAAUAAACGUGAAAAGGAGGUCA